ACAGAAAGAGAGUGAUAUGAGGAGUGCAGUUUUCGGUGACUGGAUGUCAGCAGAGUGACAUACGGAUGCCCGUGUGGCCACACUGAUUAUUGUUAGCGGCUGGGAGUGAUACGGACUCGUCCUGCCCUUCCACAUCUUGAACAGUGGGAGUCAUGAACCGCUGCAAGGUGACGCGUCCUCUGAUUUCAAGCGAAACUUCAGCGCAGACAUGCCGAUGUUAUUAAUCACCAUCUGCACCUCGCUGUGAACGCCAAGCGGCAGCUCGUUUUUUUCCUUUCUUAUCAAGCGACAGGAUCGGGACCAUCUUUGCGCAGUGAUACCGAGAGCGGCGGCGGCGGCAGCAGCGGCGGCCACUCCGGGGAAUGUGGACCGAACCCGGGGCCGUUGAGUCCCGACAUGAUCGGCCUCUUCUGAUCCCAGACAGCCGCCGAACGUGGUGUGUGUGUGGUCAGUGAGGCGCCCUGCAGAGCAACAUGGCAGCAUGUCAGUUGAGCGUCUAGGUGUCUUUAGUGUGGCCUGUUAGCAAUGUGAGCUCCACUAGGGGCGCUGCAGCUCUCCUCACCAAAGCGUCCACCUCUAUUCGGCCGUUCAGAUGCACACCGACAACAAAGCGGCCAACCAUGGCAAGCAGGUCAACAGCGACGGCCGCUCCCAAAUCCCAGGUGUGAAUCAGCAGCAGCAGCAGGGAGGCGUUCCCGGCAUCCAUGGAGCCAAAACCGGACAGGUUUCCCUGGGCAACCCGGGCCAGAAGGCGGCGGCGGCGGGGCAAUCGGUGAGCGGAGGGAUGCUGAAAACCAAAUCCAAGCGGGAGCGGAGCGUGUCCAUCGACUCUGGCGAAUCCAGGAGCGGCGCUCCGGCUCCUGCGCUGGAACCAGAUGCCAAAGCAGAGGGUGUGAUGCGCAGCAAGCGGCGCUGCGUUCUGACCAAGAAGCAGCCUUACAGCGGAGACGAAUGGUGUUCUGGUCCAGACACGGAUGACGAAGACAAACCGCACUCCGGCUCCCAACGUCCGAUCCCGGGACAUUCGGACCGCCUUCCUGCUGGAAACCUGGCGGCUGAAUCCGGGGCGGCCGUCAUUGGAUCGGGACCAGCGCUGAAGGCGGAGCUGCCGCAGCCUUCACAGCAGGUGGUCUACGUUUUCACUACCUGCCUGGCCAACAGUGCUGCUGAGGCAGUGAUGAAGGGACAAAGUGAUUCAAUCCUUCGCUUUCACCAGCAAAAUGUUCCAAACUCCAAGUUGGAGCAGGGCUACCAACAAGGGAAGCUCCCUAACCUCCCUGAGAAGGUCAACUCCAGCUGCUCUCCGUUAACCGGAACCCCCAAGUCCCAAAGCGGAACACCGCGGCCAGCCUCCGCCGGAGUCGGAGGUCCGUCAUCGGCCGGACACUCUGACACCGAGUCUGGUCAGGUCAGACCUGCCGGGGCUCCCAGCAGUAACAACGGCGCCCCCCAAAGGACAGGUGGAGGACUUCGAGAGUCAGUUAGUGGUGCUGAUUCGGGUGCUGCCACCUCUCCGUCUGGAGGCACCAGCAUCCUGUCCGCUCAUCUGCAGGGUGAUGCGCUGCAGAGAGGCAGCAGGAACAUGGAUUGUCUUUCCAAGGAGCAACUCGAACACAGAGAGCGCUCUUUGCAGACUCUGAGAGACAUAGAGCGGCUGCUUCUGCGCAGUGGAGUACCGGGAGGCCCAAGCUGCGGCAGUGCGAACAACCCAACCAACUUGAAUAAUACAGACAGGAGUGGCGCUGAGGAUGGUGAGAUUGGUACGAACGCCUCUGGAAAUUGUGCUAACUCUAGCAUGUUGCCGAAAAAGUACGAAGAGCCUCUCCAGUCCAUGAUUUCCCAAACGCAAUCUCUCGGUGGGGCAGUUCUCGACAACCCUCGUUUAGACUCUCACCACAAUCUCCCGCCGCCAUUGCAUCACCAGAUGCACUCGCCUGGAGACAACAUGGCGCCCCUGAUGGGGCCGGAGGGGCUCACACGGGAGCAGAUGGCGUGGAGGAAGCUUAAGGAGGAGUACUACCAGGAAAAGAGGCGGCAGCAUGAGAUUGAGCACCCUGGACCCCCGCAGCACUUUAGAAUGAUUCCUGAGGCUGGCAUGCAUGGGGCCCCGAUGAUGAUUAGAGGGCCACCUCCUCCCUACCACAAUAAACCUGGAGACCAGCAGUGGGAUUCUGGGAAUUUGAUGCGACGGGGAAUCGGUGGGAAUGGGAAAGUGUUUGAAAUGCACCCGGAAGGGCCGCGGGGCCCUCGGUUCCUGGGUCAGAUCCAGAGAGGGCAGCCAGGUGGAGGGGGUUUCCCCGGAUCCUUAGAGGGUCUAGGACCUCAGAGACCCAUCCGACCCGGGAUGAUCUGGCUGGAAGACGUUCCAAACAGCGGUGGUGGUGGUGGUGGUCCCUUUCAUGGCUGUUACCCCGGCGGAGCUCCCCAACACUUUCAAGACGAUGCUGAGCUUUUAGCGCGCGAGGAAAUGUUCCGGAUCAUGGAGAAACGGCAGAUGCAGGUGUCCAGGUUUGAGCUAGACCGAUUGGCUAAACAGCAGCAGCAGGGGAACAUGGGGCCAAGAAUAAUGGAUGGGUUUGGGGGUGCAGAUUUCCCCAACUUAGUAAUGGUGCGAGGCCCGCCGUCUGGUCGGGUUGAUCCAAUGGAUUUUCCCGGUUCAAGGGAGAUCAUGGGGUCACCUGGAGCGUGUCAUCCAAUGAGAGAUUUGGUGGAUUCCCCUUUAGGCAGCAAUAUCCCAAUGGGAAUGAACCCUCAGAUGAACCUUCAGCAGCAGCAGAUGAUGAUGUCACAGAGGCUCAGAGGGGGGCCUUUACCAGACAUGUUUGGUCCUGGAGAAAUCAGCGGAAGAGGUGGGAAUAAGGGAAUGAUGCCUGGACCUGAUGGGCCCUUCCAGUUCCCGAGUCAAGGUCCCUACCCUGAAGGACAGGUGGACGGGUCGUUUCUCCAACAACCUGGCCCUGAGAUGUUCGGCCCUGACCAGCCUGGACCCAAUCAGCUCGGAGCUACGUCUCGGCUCAGCCAUUUGCCUCAAACCGAAGGCCUUAGAGGAGCGGAUCUUGCUUCCAGGAACGCCCCUGAAAUGUCUGUCAGCGUUAACUCCCUCGCCUCUCCAUCAGUGCCUCCGCCUCACCAACUCAAGUCGCCAUCCCUCAAUCAAGAGCCAUCUCCUCUCUUGCCUUCUCCGUCCGCUCCAGGGCUGAAGUCGCCGCUGUCUAACGCCGGGCACCACCCCGGUUUCCCCCCGGCGUCAGGAGCGGGAACUCCCUGCUCUUCUUCCUUGAAGUCUCCUCAAUUAAUGGCGUCCUCCAACCUCGGCUUGCACUCUCCGUCGGCUUCUCCAGGGCAGCUCAAGUCUCCGGCUAUGGCUGUUGGUUCUCCCGGCUGGACGUCGCCUAAGGUUGCUCUUCCAAGUCCCGGCGGUCCGACCGGUGGAAAGCCACUCGGCAAUGGAGGAAACGGCUCUACUGAAGCAGGACAGCCCCAUCCUCCAAGAAGUUCCAGCUCAACGCCCCUUAGCCAACCAGCUUCUAUGAAUGCUAGUAUGCCCUUCACUUCCUCCCCGGGUGCGACGCCAUCCCAGAAUCCUUUAUCCCUCAUCAUGUCUCAGAUGUCGAAGUACGCCGUCCCCAGUUCGACCCCACUCUACCACGAUGCAAUCAAAACAAUUGCCACUUCUGACGACGAGAUGCUGUCUGAUCGACCUCUUCUGUCUGGUGUCACUAUUGGAGGAAACAUGGCGAACGCCCAGAUGUCUCAGAUGCUGAACUGUCAAGGCUCCAUCGGACCCCAGAACGAGCCUCAGAGCCCGAUGGGUCUGGUCAGCCAAGGCCAGCAGCAUCUGUCCCAUGAUGCCCCUGGGCCUGAACUGGGCAUGCCAGUCAUGAGUUCGGUCAUUAUGGGAGGCGGCGCGCCUGACGGGAUGGGCCCCAGCAGCGCGUCGCCGCUGUCGACGGGUUUUCCUCGUAUGCAGCCGCCCAUGCACUCUCCGAUCGGAGGAAUGCCGCCGAACUUUCCCCAGCCCAGCGACGACAUCCUGCCGCAUCAGCAGCUUCAGAUGCUCAGCAAAGGCCACCAUCACCAGCGUGUGCCGCACCCGCCCGACUCCUUCCCGCCACUGCCUCUGGGCGACGGCCCGGAUUUGAGCGAGGUGAUUCGGCCGACGCAGACGGGGAUCCCAGAGUUCGAUCUGUCUCGCAUCAUGCCGUCCGACAAGCCCAGCAGCACGCUGCAGUAUUUCCCCAAAAGCGAGCCUCAUCAGAACCCACACCAGCAGCAUACUCCACAGCAGCUGCUCAAGCAGCUUUCCCAACAUGGCGGAGGCGGUGGUGGCAGUGCGUCGUGCAACCCGCAUCUAGCCAGCCUGCAGAGCAUGGCGGAGCAGCAGCUGCCUCCCCACCCUUCGCACGGAGUUAUCCGACAAGGUAUGGGAGGGUCGAGGGCGGUGAUGUCCGGCGGCGGCGCCAUGUGUCCGCCGGGACACAUGAUGGGAAGGACAGGAAUGAUGCCGCCUCAGCAGCAGCCGGCCAUGAUGGCCAACAAUCUCCUCCACCAUCCGUCGGGGCCGUACCCUGGCAUGAUGCCGCCGCAGCAGCACCCGCACAGCUUGAUGACGCAGCAGAACAUUAUGAUGAUGCAGGCGAAACAGAGGAGCAUGUCGAUCCCAGGGGAGCCGUUUGGACACCAGGGGCCCAUGGUGGGGCCGCCCCACCCUCAGGCGGCCAUGAUGGGGCAGCAGCAGCCGCUCAGGCAGCGGGGGAUGAGUCUGGACAGUCCGAUCGGCUACGGCUCCGGCGGCAUGGCCAAUAUGCCUUUCUGACCCGGCUUCGUACUUACACAACGUCCAUUUUUGGUGUACUGUUAUUCCCACCUGAGUGAAGUUCCUCCCUCGACAUCUUCUUCAGAUUAAACGAAAUUGCUGUCAAACAUUUGUGCAGCAAACAUUUUUUGUUUAUGCUGUUUUUAAAUAUAUUAAAGGAGACAUGGUAGGUAAAAUUCACAUUAUGCACUUUUUCCAUUCUUCCGUCUGGGUUUGUACUGCUUGCCCAAACAGUUAAAAACAUAAACAUCCAGCUGCUUUAUGGAAAUAAGUUAAUAUUUUUUAGCGUCUGGAAAAUUAUCUGUUUGAAAAACCUCUGGAAUAUAGUCACAAAUCAGCAGGCACUGCCCCGUUACUUGGCACCCCUAGAGAAGCCCAACCCCGUUGCCUAGCAACCCCAGCAAAAUUCCACCCGUCACCUAGCAACCCAAGCUGAGCUCCAGCAUGUUUGGAAAAGACGAAUGUUUAGUUUUUGACUUGCCAUCCAGAAACCACAGCAGCUUAUUUGGAUUUAUAGUGACGGAGGCCCUAAAACAGCUCAUUCUGAAAUUCUAGAGAUAUUCAUAAAUGUUUCCAGAGGUCAUCAAAGGUCAACCAACCACUGUACAUUUACAAAAUCAAACGAAAUUGAUACAAAUUAACUGUGCUAUGCUUGUGCAGCUAAAUUAUUUGUAGCACAGCUGAUUGACAAUGAUUUUUUUUUUGUGCUCGUUGAUCUUCAAUGACCUCUGCAAACAUUUAAUAUUUUUAAAAUUUUGCUAAACUUUUGACACCAACCUCGUUUAAUUUGAAGACGGUUGGGGGGCCAACUUCAAUCGGGUGUUAAUCCCGUAUAUGUCUGAGUGAUGAUUUCCAACUUUUCUGGGCUGAAGCUGAUUUUAAGACAUGUAAAAAUUUCAGAGCACUGUAACACUGUUCAAUAAAUUUGAAGCCAUUUUCUAAAUAAUAAAAAUACUGUAAAUUGUGUAAAUUUCCACAAAAUCUGUGUAUUUGCUUGGUGACGGUCAAGAGAGGAGUGCCUCAAAUUUCUAUUUGUUUUAAUAUCAUUGAUUUAUUUUUUUCUCCAAUUUAAAAAAAAAAACUUGUGAAAAUAAAUUAUAUAUAAAUAUAUAAUAUAUACUUGCUGUAUAUAAGAUGCAAUGUGUGAUUGUUUGAAGUUGUUCUGUCUGUGUUUUAAUAGAAGUCUACAAAUAGAAUAAUAAUCUCUGGAGUUAA